AACGCCACUGACGAAAUUCGCUAGCCUCGCAGAAGUCGCAGAAUACGUUUUGACGUUUCAUUUUUGUUUAUGUUUCCUCAUUGUCAUUCGGUCCGAUACUAAGUCGCCGCCCAUUGAAUAGGGGCGUAAUUAUCACCACAGUUUUAUUAGAGAUCAUACAAGAUGCCUAACAUAUCCAGCAUAACGCAUUAUCCUCUCAAGGUCAUCUUUGCUGUGCAUUUAUUCUUCGUUACAUGGGGACUGCAAGGAUAUCUGUUCCCUGUAUCGAUGAUGUUUUACAAUCUACUAUUCUUCAUCUGCCUUCUGUGGGCAAUACAUAAUUUAGAGUCAGACGAACCUAUACAGUUUGCACUGUUCAUUAAUGUAUUGUCGAUAUUCUUCGACAUAAUUACUCUCUCGAUGCACUUCCCCGACUCUAGUGCAUGGGUCAAAUUUUGUGCAGCCAUGAUGAUCAUCAAUUUGAUUAUACGAGUCCUGUCUAGCUAUUCCCUACUUCAGAUUGGUCAAGCCAGAGGAGGCACUCUCUCAACUAUGUUUGCAAGUAAUCCAGCCAUGGGUAAGCGGCCCACUCCUGUCGUUUCUAUUACAGCUUAAGGAUUUAUACAGAGAAAUUUACUGUUUUGGAAGGCAGGAGUACGAAGAUAUGUCACAGCCGGUACCCAACAAUGCUGAUUUUGCAUGAGGAAUUUAAAAAUAAAAAUACAUAUUUGAACAUAUAAAACAUGCUGCGACCAAUUUUUUAUAUGAAUCGAAUGCAACGUUAGACUGUUGCACAUAUAUUUGAUGAAAGCACCUCAGAUUGUUUGUCACUAUUUCAAUAUAAUCGAUUCGAAUGUCUUAUACCAAAUACCAGUUAUAUAAUGUCGAAUAUUUGUCGAUAAAAUUUAUUAUAGCACACGUAUGUGUGUGAUAUAGUGUCUAUGGUAUAUGCAUGUAAGACUGUAAAAGACUAUAUCUGUAUAUACAGGAAGAUUUUGUAUUUUAGUAACGAAUAAUUUCAAAAAACAAAAUAAAAAUGAUUAACGUGAAUAACUUACAUUCAUAUCUGAAUCAACUGACGGAAAAUGAUGAUCUAAUUAUACUGUAAUUAAUCCCUUCUUUUCUAUUAUUCAUUUGUACGUUACAGGCAGUGAAAAAACAAACAUAUUCUGAUCAUGUACUUCUUGUAGUAUGUAAUUUGUAAUAAUAAAUAAAUAGACGGGGAUAAUGUACUACUUCGUAUAAUGAUAAUGUGUCUAAUAGUGUAUUGUAAUACUUAAAUUGAUUAAGAACCUCAGAUCUCUUUAAGAAUUAAUUAAAGCUACUCGCAAUCCGUCUAUAUAUCGUUUGUAGUCACUGUUAACAUUUUGGGUCAAUAAAAAUCUAAUGACAACCAAGUAAAAUAUAUGAAUAACUUUUCAUCCUAGAGUCCAUGAGAACCCGUCCAUGAUAAAAUAGACUCUGUGGUUCAAUUUUUUUCCCCAGAUCAAAGGCGUCGAUCAUCGAAUGGGGAAGCAACGACAAGAGGCUUGUGCAGUUUUACAUAUUUUUUUUAUUGGCCCACGACCAGCCCUUACAAAAAAUUUUCUCUUCUCUUUUACAUUUAAACUUAACUUUUCUUCAUUUUUGUUAUUUAUUUUUCUUUAAUUACUUAAAUAUCACUUAAGGUAAGUUAAACUAUACACGAUAGUCCAAGCCUACAAAUAAAAUAAUUGUAUCACAUAAAGGUUGAAUCGUAAUUUUUUUUUCUAUCUCGUCCAACAAUGAUCAUUAUGUGAUAUAACAAUAAAAAUAAUCUUUGUGCUAAACACCGAUAUUUUAAAUGAUAAUUUGAUGGUACAAUUUGAAGACAUUAGUUGCAUUUCAUCAGUACUUAAUUUGGCUGUACGUUAUUUUCCAGAUUUUCAAUUCAUUCAGGAGCUUCAACUAUUUACUAUUUGAACAAAAAUUUGCAUAACUUCGUUUCGAUGAUUUUCAAUCCAUAGCUGGCACACAUUACCAGAAUAACACAGUUAGCACACUGGGGGCGUUAAAGACCCCAACCACUACAAUGCAUAUCAUGAGUAAACAACUGGUUAUUUUAAUUAGCAGAAAUGACCAGAGAGUUUUCAAUCUAUCUUUCAAACGAUAGUCCGGGUCAUUUUGAGAAAAAAAUGUGUAAUUCCAAAAAAAUUUUAAAGUUUUACCCAAUACACUUAAGGUAUACCGUUUCAAGUAAAUAAAUCGUUUGAUAGUCGUUGCUGAUAAAAAGGUGUUUAUUUUGAAAAUUGAAACGAUAUGGUUUAGUAAAAGUCAUGAUGCACUUUUGCCUCAAACUAAGAGUAGAAGAUGCCAAGGCUAAAAUCGGAACUAAAUUGGGUGGGGUCAUCUCGUAUCCUGGUGUCCCAGCUAACGGUUAACAUCACUUCAUACA